CUCCCACUCACUCACUCCCCUCUACAAACCGCGCGUGCAGUGUAAUUCACUACCACACGCUGUGCGAACGCAGCGCGCGCUCAUUCAUUCAUUCUUUCAUCCAUCCAUCCAUCCCGCUGAAGGCUGCUCACACUUUCCUCUCUCUCUCUCUCUCUCUGGUUCUUUCCUCACACUCGGACAUCUGUACUUUACUGAGUGUUUACCCACAGUGGGAGUGACAGUGGGUGAUAUCAACACAGCUCCGCUUCUCCUUCUCCUCCACCACGAUACGAUACGGAGCAGAGAGACAGAGGAGUCACCGGAGGACGCGCGCAUCACGACGGCAGUAUAGCGAGCAGCGGGUGGGAGUUUUUGUUGUUGUUGAGCAUUUAAAAACAAAGACAAACAAGGUCUAAAGAAAACACCAACACGGGAACGGAAACUACAAAGAGAACUCUCUGUUUUGGACAUGAUCCCCGUGUAGUUUGGACGGAUUUUACGCGGCACAGGUGCGUUAAAGGAUUAAAGACAGCCCCGUUGGCGGAUGAUUGUCGGCUUGGUGAAGAGGUGUCACUGCCUCUGCGCAAGUUUCAGAUGAAGAUGAAAUCGGCGGGCGUCGUGGAUGGAGGGCUGUUCACAGAGAGCUAUUGUAACAUCUGCAAUGCCCAGCUCAUCUCCGAGUCCCAGCGCACCGCUCACUAUGAGAGUAAAAAACAUGCCAACAAGGUUCGCCUGUUCUACAUGCUUCACCCUGAAGAUGGAGGACCACCUUCCAAGAGACUGAGGCCAGACAACCCAGAAUGUGCAGAGACAGAAGUGGACAGGAACAAGUGCUGUACCUUGUGUAACAUGUUCUUCACCUCUGCCAUUGUGGCCCAGUCACACUACCAGGGUAAAACCCAUGCAAAGAGAGUCCGCCUGGUGCUGGGGGAGCCGCCAAACCUACCCACAGCCAUGACCAGCCCAACAAACACAGAUUCCUCCCCUUCCACGCCUCAGCCCACAGACCCUGCUGUGUGCCCUCCUCAACCCCCUGUCCUGCCCUGGCCCACGACAGAGGUCAGUGGAAAUGGAGGAAAAGAAGCCGGGAAGUACUGUUGUCUAUGUGGAGCCUGGUUCAAUAACCCGCUGAUGGCACAGCAGCACUACGAGGGCAAGAAGCACCGCAGGAAUGCAGCCAGAGCACGCCUGCUGGAGCAGCUAGCUGGCAGUCUGGAUGCCACAGAGAGCACAGGACUGCGCAGUAGUUACUCCUGCAGUGUCUGCAGUGUGGUCCUCAACUCCAUUGAACAGUACCAUGCACACCUCCAGGGCUCCAAGCACCAGAACAACCUGAAGCAACACCAGCAGUAAGCCACCUUAACUUUGGAAAAGGAAGACAUGAAGACAAAGAUUACUGGAAUGAUAAAAACCCACAGAGGACGAGCCGUGUUACAAAACUGAGGAGCAUAAGAAAGCAGUACAGAGUAAUGUCUGUGUCUGCGUGUGUGCGUGUGUAUAUGGCUGUCAUGGGCAUCCAUGCCUGUAUGUGUGUGUAUGCAUGUGUGAGUCAUUACGAGAGUGUUUAUUUCUAUCUUUGUUCUAAAAAUAUAUCUUUGAGAUUUAUUCAGCACCCAAGUGUUUUGAUACGAGUUCUCAACACCAGCAGCCGUCAGACGAGCUGCGGCUGCAAUAUUGCCCUGCAACUCCUGUGUGAACCACAAUCCUAGAAUUGAACUGAUGUCGGUGCGUUGCCCAGAGUGGCAAUAACCAUUACAAUGAUCGUCAUUAGAGCAGCAGUAAUAAUAACUCUUCAACUAGUCGUCCCCAACGUGCUCCGACUGUGAUCCAAGUCUGUUUUAACAUGGAUUUCAUAUACAGUGAUGCGGAAAAUGGCACACGCAUGGUUCACUUUCAGACCACUUGAGACCUUCUCAGGCCUAAACGUUAAAAUCCAAGGACGUGAAAACUACCAAUGACCUCAGCCAUAACCUACUGCAUGAAUUAAGAAAACUUUAAAAAAUUGGUUUUAUAUCCUGUGUUGUCUGUGAAUGUAGUAUUUAUUUUUCAUGUGUUGGAUAGGUCUUUAAAAAAAAGAAAAGAAAAGAGAGACAGAAAAGUUCUCAAAACCUGAAGAUUUGGCUGAGUUACAGGACAGAACGCACUGUAGAAAAGCAGCACAAAGACUUUUAAAAUCCUGCUUUGAAGCAACAGUCAGUCAUGUACAGGUGUAAACAUUCCCACAGAGCUGAAUACUGAUGUCAGAUGCAUUUUUGGAGGUGACAAAAUUCUAUUUUUCUGUUGCAAUAGCCAGAGGGAGGAAAACACUCCCCAAUCCAUGUAGCAGCUAAUGUACAAAACACAAAUGGGAUGUAAUGCAUAGCAUGUUAAACCCAAAAGUUGCAUUUACUUGCCUUUUUGAAGUCUAUUGCUUGCACAUUUUGUUGCAGUAGCGCCGAUUGCUUUGUUAUGCACACUGGAACAGUAAGGUCAGCUACGAGUACUGCAGAGGCUUCUUUUCAACACCUAAUUUAUUCAACUCAGAACCUUUUUAACACCAGUUACUUCUCAUCUGUAGUGUCAUCACAGUGUUAUGUGCAGUGAGUUUCAACAGAGACACAACACUAGUCAACUGGACUACCGUCCUUGUCCCAGUAUGAAAGUGGGGAAUCGAUAUAAUGGACGAAGUGUGUCCACCUCUGCUCCCCUAGGUGGCAACAAUUCCAUCUUUCCACUUGUUAGUAUUAGGCUUUUUCCAGUUGACCUGUUAUGUUAUAGAAACAGAAGAGAGGACACACUCCACUUUCUUGUGUUGGCACCGGGAUCGGUCCAUAGACUGCAUAUUAAAAAUGGAUGCAAUCUUUGGCUGUAAAAAUAAAUUCCUGUUGUGAGGCCAUGUCAGUUUUUGAAACCGGAAAUCAACAUACUGUACAUCAAAUGCAAAUCACCUAUUGGUUUCAGUCACACUGUUGUCCACAUGUGCAGUACUUUAUCG